ACCCAUCACUCUCACUCUUAUCCACCAGGAUUUAUUUAUUUUGCUUUCUCUACCUGUGAAGUUGUCAGGAAUUGGGGGAAGAGAGAGAGAGAGCGAGAGAGAGGGAGAGGGAGACUUGGCGAGUCUCUCGCACAAGGAGAGCCACAGAUGAACGCUUGACCAAAUCCCAAACCAAGAUUAUAUGUCUAUCAAUGGAAGGGUCCAACUUCGGGAUUGAUUCGAUUCUAUCUCACCGACCCGCCAGCCCGCCGGCGGCGCCCAAAGAAGACUCGUUGAUGGGGGACUUGAGCCUGAGAUCCCCCCCAGAGCUGAAACCCGGCUUGAGCCCGGUGUCGGACGGAGGCAGCGAGCAGAGUGAGCCGUGCUCGCCCGGGGAAGAGUGCGGGGAAGCGGCCGAGGCUCCCGCGGGACCCGCUGAUGGUCUGGACUCUCAGGCGCACCCGGAGCGGGUGUCGGCGGCUCUGCCACCCAGGACUGUGACCUCUUCCUUCCUGAUCAGAGACAUCCUGGGCGAAUGCAAACCUCUGGCCGCUUGUGCCCCUUACUCGAGCGGCGGCCAAGCCCCCCCCGAGCUCCCCCCGCACAAACACACACAGGAGGAAUUCAGAGACAAGUUGGGAGACAAGCGGGAGAGCAAUUCGGACUCGGAGUACAAAGUAAAGGAAGAGGCGGAGAGAGAGAUCUCCAGCAGCCGGGACAGCCCCCCGGUGCGGUUGAAGAAGCCCCGCAAAGCCCGCACAGCCUUCACAGACCAUCAGUUGGCUCAGCUGGAGAGGAGCUUCGAGAGACAGAAAUACCUGAGUGUGCAGGACAGGAUGGAACUGGCCGCCUCGCUCAACCUGACCGACACCCAGGUCAAAACCUGGUACCAGAACAGGAGGACGAAGUGGAAGCGUCAGACAGCGGUGGGACUGGAGUUAUUGGCUGAGGCUGGAAAUUACUCGGCGCUACAACGCAUGUUCCCGUCUCCUUAUUUCUACCAUCCCAACAUGGUCUCGAACCUGGACCCCACCGCCAUGUACAUGUACCGCGGCCCCACCGCCCCUCACCCCGUCAUACAGCGGCCCAUCGUGCCCAGGGUUCUCAUCCACGGACUGGCAACGGGCGCCGACGUGCAACCCCCGUCCCUCCCCGGCCUGGCAGGCGUCCUCAGCCGCGCACCUCAGUCACGGUGA